AUGUUACAUCGUCUAUUUCGCGGUCGCUUUACAUUCAAAGUAUAUCUACUUUUGGGAAUAAUUGCCAUUAUUGUAUGCGGCUAUUUACUCCCACAGUAUAAAAUAUAUCCAAUAGCACCGGUAACAUCACCUAGUUCUGCUCACUCACACGCUUCACGACAUAUAUCGAAAUUAGUGACGGUGGUGUUUCGACAAUUCGAAGAUUUUGAGAAUGAUAUCGCUGAAGGUGUACAAUCCUUUGUGUCAGCGUACCCGAAUAUUGCCAUACUAGUGAUAUGCCAAAGAGCGCAGUAUCCCCCGUUUCAAUUUUCUAGUACAAACGAAACUCUGAAAAAUGUGAAAAUAUUAUCAAUGGAGUUAAAACUCGAUAGUUCUCCUCGAGAUUUGGAUCCACUUUCCUAUAUAUCAACCGAGUAUGUACUGAUAGUGCCUGAUUCGUCGCGUGUAUCACGACGGGUGUUCCAGCAAAUGACUAUAGCGGCUACAACAUACCCAAGUCAAGCUAUUGCCGUAGCUGUUGGUAAUGCUCGUCUUAGUUGCCAGCAAAUUAAAUGGGCAUAUGACGACUGGACGCUUCAAUACAGCAGAGAUUCCUCUAAAAAGCUUUGUGAUGCAGUGCAGGGACAACAUGCACUCAUGAUUAAAACAUCUGUAUUACACACACUGCCGAAACCAUUUUCAUUCCCUUUCCCCGAGUCUUUAUACUUGCAGACUGCAGUAAAAAAUGUCAAGGUACAAAUUUUGGAUAGUAAGUUUGCAGCUGGGCGAAGUGUUCUAAAGACUCCCGCUGCUAAGCAGAAGUCAUCCAGAAGAUUGAGGGACUAUCGGACAGCAUUGUACAAAGAUAUUGGUGUGAAAGCUGUUGUUAAAGAAGAUGGCAGAGUGCAAUGGUUUGGAUGUAAGAGGGAAACGCAGCGGUGUUUCCCUCCAGUUCAACGUGUACCAUCGUAUGUUGUGUCGGGUCGUAACACACCACCGUGUUGUCGUAGGAACAUUCGUCGUACAACUGGUCAUGUGUUGCGAGCUCUGCUUCAAGCAGGAGCCAGAUGUUGGUUGGAGACAACAUCACUAUUGGGUGCUGUUGUCAAUGGGGAUUUACUACCAUGGGCGGAAUAUGCUGAAAUAGGGAUUCAUGCAUCAGAUUUAUCAAGAGUGUCGUGGCUACAGCGAGGUGGUGCGGAUAAUGAUGGUUUUGUUUGGGAACGCGCAACCAAAGGGCAUUACUACAGAGUAGCGUAUUCAGCAACGAAUAGAGUAUAUGUACUUAUACUGCCUUUUACUGCAAGAAAUGGGACCAUGUGGCCGGCGGAUUGGGUUCUAUCACACCAACGUGACUUCCCUGAAAGACAUUUGCAUCCUCUAGCACAGAUUCAAUUUGUUGGACGCCAAGCUCCGGCCCCGAAUGAUGCUCGAGCAUUUUUGGAUCUCAAAUUAGGUCCAAAUGCUGUUGAAAGAAGCGAAAGGAUUGGCCCAAGACUUCUAUACCCCUAG